AUGGCUCCGAAAAAGCGACGGAUGACGCAGCAAGUGCUGCAGUGGGGAACCCCGCCGCCGAAACCCCCCGCUCCGCCUCCCGCCUCUGUACCACCCCCCAUUCCUCCCCUUUCAGACGUGGAGAAGAGAGAGAAGGCUUACCUGAAAGCCCAGAAGAAUUACACCUCGGAAUGGCUGCCGAGGUUCGAUUGGUUGAUUCUUGACAAGACCCCCGAAGGCGAGCCGUGUCUGCGUUGCAGUGUGUGCAUGGAGCACGGGAAGGAUAACGCACGAUACGAACGAAAUGGCGUUGGCGGUCGUGAUCUGCAGCUUGGCUCCAUGCGGUGGCACGAGAACAGCAUGAAGCAUGAUGACGUGAUGAAGAAGCAGGCGAAUUUGAUGAAGAAAAUCACAUAUCAGAAGAAAAUCGCCGACUUCGCGAAUGGCGAUCCCGAAGGCUCUCGUGUCGCGCGCCUCAUGCGGGCCAUUCGUUUUGUGUGCCGCACCGACACUCCCAUCCACCUGUUUCCCCAGAUCGUCCAGUUCCUUGCGGAGGAGGGUGUCGCUGACAUCCCGCGUCAGACCUACGGCGUAUACAUCACCCAUGAAGCUCUGGCUGUGAAGGAAUCGGCGGAGAAAUACCCUGACUUGGCGAUCGUGGAUAAGUCGAUCAGGGCGGUUGGCGAGAUCGUGGAAAAAUCCACUCCCUGGCACGAGAGGUUCAAGGAGCUGCAACAAGUGAUCCAUAGCACCAACCUGGAGCACCAGGGACUGCACGACGUGCGGUGGCUCUCCAGUGGUGAUGCAGUUUUGCGCAUGGUCAAUAUCUUGGGGGCGGCGAUCGUUGUCUUACUGGAGUGGAAUCACAAGAUCGCGGCAGUGGUGCUGACUUUGAAGUACCACUUCUGUCUGUACUUUCUGGCAGACAUCCUCGGGGAGAUGAACUCGCUGAACCGAUUUUUCCAACGACGGAAAGUGGAAGUGACCCAAGUUUCGGAGGAGGUGGACCGCGUGGUGUCGUACAUAGAGCACAGAUACAUCGACUACGACCGCACGUUCGGGGCGGGCAUGAGCAACCACCUGUCGCCAUUCCUGGCACGGCUCAAGGACAAUGUCAAGAAAAUAACAGUCGAAGGGGUGGACGCGGACGGCCGUGUUGCCCGGCAUGUCAUCAAGCUCAGCGAGGAGCGCAUCCCUGGGCACAAGUACGGCGGCACCGUGGCUGAUUGCGUGAAGCUGUGCAAGGCCUUCUCCCAGGAGGUCGUGUACAAUCUGAAGCACUGCAUGCGAGAUCUGAGGCGCCUGGGCGGCACGAAGCUGUUCAAAGUGGCCACCAAACACGGACACACGUGCGCGACAAUGUGCUAG